AAAUGAUGUCUCACAGGAGAGACAUUCAACACCCUCCCCGAUGAACCUUUAAUUAAACCUAAUAUUUAUGUUUGUUAUUUUAGAUUUUGUGUGAAUUUUAUUUAUUUCACUUCUUUUAUUUCUUUAAAUACUACAAUAUAUUUAAAAGUGGAGGGAAAACAUGACAUUUCCAUAAUAAUCAGAGUGCUCAUCUUUUCAUAAUAGACGAGCUGUGUCGGUCAAAGCCAAGGGUUUUACACAACAAUAUUGUUGUGCGGAAGCAGCUACAGGUACGAGGACGUCGUUCGGCUAGCUUCAAAGAUGAGCGCAGAGGACGCUUUAGAUAAAUUGAAGAGCCACAUCCGCUCGCUGCUGGUUUCGUCCAAGCUGGGGCUGAAUCCUCUGCAGCUGAGGCGGGACUACGAGACCAUGCUGGGCCACCCCAUGCCCCUGAAGGAACUGGGCUUCAGGAGCGUGAUGGACAUGGCCAGAGAGAUGCCCGAUGUGGUUUCUGUUCAUCACAGACCCGAUGGAACCACAUACUUUACGGCUGUGUGUGAUGAGUCAACUCGAGAGAUUGCAGAUCUGGUGGCCAAGCAGCGUUUGACGAAGUCGUACAAAAAAAUCAAGAACCCCGGUUACCAGUUCUCCCUCUCUUCCUCCUAUAAAGCCACCCCUCAGGCCCCGCCCAGAAGAGGGCGUGCUCCUCCAGCGCUCCCAGCCCAGCUCAGAGCACAGCUGCGGAUCCUUCUAUCUCAGGGUCCAGUUAGGUUGUCGGAUUUACAGAGCUGUUAUUGUCGCUGUUUUGGCCACCCGCUGAACAUCCACAACUAUGGUUUCUAUUCCACUGGAGAAAUGCUGGAGGCAGUGGCAGACCUGGUUUGCAUUCAACAAAGCAGGUUUGGCUCGGUUCUGGUCCUGACAGAACAUCUGAGACAUAGUCAGAACUGGAAACCUUCUGGAAAACCAAGUACUGGACCGAAAACGUCAGGAUUGAGUCCAACUAUGAAGGCCUUUUCCAGAGUGCCAGACAGCCAAGUUAUUGUUCCAACAAAACCUGCAGCUCCGGUUCAACAGAGUCCUCCCCCGUCUAAGACUCCAGCUGAGCCAGCCCAUAGCAGCUCAGUUGUUGCAGACGAGGCCGAGGUGGAGGGGAGGGUUGACCAAACACAACCAGUCCCGAGCUUGACGACUUUUGAAAAACGAGUGCUUAAGCUGGAGGAAGAACUUCGUCAGCAGAUCAUUGAGAAUAGUGUUUCUGGUGUUGUCAGCCAGGAUCUGAAGGACAAGCUGCUAAAGGUUGUAAGUCAGGCAAAUGGAGAAUUGUCUGUUCAUGACCUGCCAGCUCAUUACAAGAAACUCUUUGACGAAGAGCUGCCGUUGUUGGAGAAUGGCUUUGUCAGCGUCACUGAGCUGGUCGGAGUUCUAACCGACAUCUUCCUCGUGAAACCGGCAAAUGACGACGACAAAAACCACUUGGUAGUCAUGGAUGUAAACAACGUUGACAACAAGCAACCUGAUGCCAAAAUCAAUGAGCCCAUUAGCAAUCAGGAAGAUUUGUCACCUAAAAUCAACUUGGUAGCCACUGGAAAAUCUUCCUGGGAAGAGGAGACGGAAAGCAACGACUCAUUUGAAACCCAAGAAAUACAAAGAUCUGCAAUAGAACUUGAGGAGACCUCUGAGAUGUACCCCCCCAUUCAGGUGCAUCACAGCCCAGCCGUUCCCCUGGACGCCCUGCUGGACCAGCGCCUCAAACCUCCAACGCGCUGCGCUGUGCGGCAGCUGGUGGAAGUUUUGGUGGAGGCGGUGGAGUCUCCUGGACUUUUCUACAUACGUUUCAUUGAGACUGAAGAGGCUAGAGCUUUGGGGGCGAUGAUGAUCGAGAUGAAGCGAUACUACACGUGUCCCAAUGUGUCAAAGCAAUACCAGCUUCCUGCACCGUUCAUCCGACAGGGUCAAGUCUGUUGCGUGUUGACCAAAUCAUCCUGGUUCUACCGAGUGGUAAUCCACCGGGUUAUCAACCCAACCCAGGCUGAGGUGUACUUUGUUGAUUUUGGAAAUAUAUUGGUGGUCCAGAGCGCCAGUCUCAAGUUUCUUAAAUCUAUAUACUCUGUUCUUCCAGCACAAGCUGUUCCUGCCUCCCUCAGUAGAAUCAAACCCAUCUCGGGCACGUGGACGGAUGAGGCCAUCCAUUCCUUCAGGACGUGGUGCUUGGAGCGCUUCCUGGUGGGCGCUUUAGAUUGCUACACCCAAGAUGUUCUGCAGCUGUUCCUGUGUGACACGAGCACCAACGAGGACGUCUAUGUGCAUGAACUCCUGCUGAGCCAAGGUCACGGGACGGUCUGCAGCCCUGCAGCCAGCCAAGCAUUGUGUGUUAAAGUUACACCAGUCAGUCUGUACCUGGGGAAAGGAAUGGUGGACUUACCAGAGAUAAAGACUGAGGAGAUUUCAUCUCCUAAGUCAGCAGAAGAGUCUCCUCAUUCCUUAGACGAAGCUCAGAAGGUUGAAGAGGAUGAACUGCCUGAUCUUGAGGUCAUUGAGUUAAACGAAAAAAUCCAAGUUGAGGAUUCAAACCAAAGCGGCGCUCAUUCAUUUGAGCCCACGCUUAGCCAUGAUGGAAGCAGUGAGAGUGAGGAUAUGAACAGUGAAUCUCCUUCUGCCACUCCUGAAAGUCCAUCUUCCACCUCGCUUACGUGUUCACAUCCAAGCCAGACUCGGACAACUCCACCUCACGUCGAUGCUGACUCAAAUGUCAAGUCUUCUCUUUCAACUCCAUCCAGCCGUGAUUCCAACUCUCGUGAUCCAGCUCUUCAGGAUGUGCAGCAGUCAAAGGUCACUGACUCCCCCUUGGUCCAACCUCCUCUUAUCUGGAGGAUGCUUGGACUCAACACCUCCAUCCUCAACAAGAGUCCAGAUGCACCUGCAGCCACUCUGAACCUCAGACGUUCUGGUUCCUGCUUUCCUCUGUUUGGUGGAGGAAGCCUGUGACUCCAGAACCUACCAGCUCUGCAGCAAAGACAUGCUCAGAUCAAGAUUGUGUUAAAAGUUCAAUUUCCUGCCAUUUUAAUGAAGUCGUUUUGCUACAUUGUUUUCCUCUUUAACUCGUUUAAAUUCCUGUCUUUAAAAAUGGUUUUGCAGCAACAAUGGAAGUAUCAAGAUACUUUUUUUUGUUUAAAAAAAAAAAGUUAAUAUUUGUUUCACUUCUCAUUUGAAGCAUGUUCAACAAGUGAAAGCUCAAAAAUGAAAAUAAAGUAUAUUUUCUGUUCUUUCAGAAUGAGGCCUAUUUUAAUUUAAUGUAAACACUUAAAGCAAAAUGUGCAACAUGUUUGUUAAGAAUGGAUUCUAAAAAAAUAAAAUGAAAGAUUACAGUUCA